AUGAAGAUUAAUCCAGUUCAACUUGCAGUCUCCUGUUUGAUUAUUUCGUUCCACCUUCUUGCAGCAGCAAGCCCAGAAGAAGAUCAUCGUGGUAAACUGCUUGCUCCUGCUUUGUACAUUCUGGGCGAUUCAUUGGUUGACAGCGGCAACAACAACCUGUUGCCAACUUUAGCCAAAGCCAACUUCAAGCCUUAUGGAGUCACCUUCUGCAGAGGACCCACUGGAAGAUUCACAAAUGGCAGAACAGUUGCAGACUUUAUAGCUGAGUUUCUUGGGCUGCCAUAUCCUCCACCGUACAUGGAUCUCCGGGGACUGUUGCCGGCGACGGGGAUGAAUUAUGCAUCAGGGUCGUGCGGCAUUCUAUACGAGACUGGAAAAGUUAUUGGAAAAUGCUUAGCAUUGGGUGAUCAGAUUAAUUUGUUUGAACAAACAGUAACAACAGGCUUACCCAUAUUGUAUCAACAUAACCAGAAACAGCUCUCAGAGUACUUGGCCAAGUCCUUAUUUGUGGUCGCUAUAGGCAGCAAUGACUACAUCAACAACUACCUUCAACCCCAUUUGUAUGCCUCAAGCACACUUUACUCUCCUCAGGCAUUUGCCCAACAUCUCAUUGAUUCUCUGUCCCAGAAGCUUCAGAGGUUGCACGAACUGGGAGCUAGAAAAGUGUUGGUAUUUGGGAUUGGACCAGUUGGAUGCAUACCAUCAAUUGCAAAGGCACAGGAACACAAUGGAAAAUGCGUGGAAGAAGUGAACAGGAUGGUGACCUUGUACAAUGACAAGCUGGGUCCAAUGCUGAAGAAUUUGACAGCCAGCCUCCCAGGCUCCAACUUCAUUCUUGGGAACAUUUACAUGUUCUCCUACAGUUCCAUCCAAAUUCCCACCACCAUUGGAUUGACAGAUUCUAGAAAUCCAUGCUGCAUAACCUGGGCAAAUGGAACAUCAGCUUGCGUUCCUAGGCUGGAGCCAUGCACCAACAUGGACAAACGCUUCUUCUGGGAUGGCUUUCAUCUCACUGAAGCUGUGUAUAAAAUUGUGGCUUCAGACUGCAUCAACAACUCCUCGGUUUGCUGGCCAACAAGCCUCAAAGAUCUAGUAAAAAUCUAAACAUCAGACUCUUUUAUGUUUUUCUUCUGGGUAAGUUGAAGAAAUUAAGGAUUUCCUUCCAGACCGUUUCUCUUUUGUUGUUGUCGUAUUUGAAAGGGUUUGGAUAUGCUGCAAAGUAUAGGUUUGGGUAGGGAAGACUUUGUUGUUUCCCUGUUGAUUAAAGAUUUCUUCUCUGAA